GAUGUGUUCCCUACCUGUGACAUUCCGCAAGAUCGUUUUGUUGUAACUUACCUCAUCACAACUGAAUGUUAGACCAUUCGUCUGCAUGUGAAUCUAUUUUUACGGUGGCCCACUGGAAGGGCUUUGGAUGCGAGUUCUCAGUAUCCUAUAGGAGACACCGGAAGGGCUUCGGAUGUGUGUUCUCCAUAUCCUAUAGGUAACACCAGAGUUCUCCGUGUCCUGACGGUGACACCAGAAGCGCUUUGGAUGCAAGUUCUCCUCGUCCUAUUGUGUAGGUGACACCAGAAGUGUUUUGGAUGCGAGUUCUCCGUGUCCAAUAGGAGACACCAGAAGCGUUUUGGAUGCAAGUUCUCCGUUUCCUUUAGGAGACACCAGAAGCAUUUUGGAUGCAAGUUCUCCGUUUCCUUUAGGAGACACCAGAAGCAUUUUGGAUGCAAGUUCUCAGUGUCCUAUAGGAGACACCAGAAGCGUUUUGGAUGCAAGUUCUCCGUUUCCAAUAGGAGACACCAGAAGUGUUUUGGAUGCAAGUUCUCCGUAUCCAAUAGGAGACACCAGAAGCGUUUUGGAUGCAAGUUCUCCGUUUCCUUUAGGAGACACCAGAAGCAUUUUGGAUGCAAGUUCUCCGUUUCCAAUAGGAGACACCAGAAGCGUUUUGGAUGCAAGUUCUCCGUAUCCAAUAGGAGACACCAGAAGCGCUUUGGAUGCAAGUUCUCCGUAUCCUAUAGGUGACACCAGAAGGGCUUUGGAUGCAAGUUCUCAGUAUCCAAUAGGAGACACCAGAAGCGUUUUGGAUGCAAGUUCUCCGUAUCCAAUAGGAGACACCAGAAGCGUUUUGGAUGCAAGUUCUCCGUAUCCAAUAGGAGACACCAGAAGGGCUUUGGAUGCAAGUUCUCCGUAUCCAAUAGGAGACACCAGAAGGGCUUUGGAUGCGAGUCCUCUGCGUGCUGCUGUGGUGGGCAGGCCUCGCCGUGGCACUCCGCCAGCAGCAGAACUCCGUGGCCCAGCACGCCAUUAAGCUGUACCGCGGGCGAGGCGCGGGGGCAUCAUUCGGGCACCAAUGGGUGCGGGGGAACUGCCAGAUGCUGGCGGGGCUCCUGCGGCAGAAGAACACCGCCAUCAAGAAGCUGUCGUUGGCCGCCCUGGCGGCGAUGCGCGACACGACGCUCUCGGAGUCCGAGAAGAUGUACCAGGUGCAGACGCUGCAGGUGUUCCAGCGAGAGCUGAACGAGAGCGAACACUCGGUGUUCCAGGCCGCGCUGGGACUGCAGAGGGUGCUCCACGGCGACUACAGGGACGUGGUCAACAUGAAGCACAGCAGCAGGCAAAGGCUCGAAGCGCUCAGGGAGGCGGCCAUUAAGGAGGAGAAGGAGUACUUGGAUCUGUUAGCUGCCGAGAAACACCAGCAGGAAGCCUUGAAAAGUGCCAAGGACCAGAACCGGACCCUCUCAGUUCUGGAGGGGAUUUUGGAGGAUGUGAGAAAAGCUGCUGACCGGCUAGAGGAGGACAUCGAGGAACAUGCCUUCGACUACAAGAAAGAGGGGAUGAAUGUUGAAGCAGUGCUGAGGGUGGAGGACGACGAGGAGAAGCCGAAGAGCAAGAACAUCUCUCACAGGAAGCCGUCUGAGGGGAGCCUGGGCCUCAGCAUGCUCAUCGACUCCCAGAACAACCAGUACGUGCUGACCAAACCCAGAGACUCCACCAUGUCCCGCGCCGAUCACCAUUUCAUCAAGGACAUCAUAUCCAUAGUGAUACUCUCGUUGCCCUGCGGCUGGCUGUGUAUCCAGCUGGGCCUGCCUCCCAUGUUUGGCUACAUAAUCUGUGGGGUUCUGCUCGGGCCAUCUGGGAUUAACAGCAUCAAGUCUAUGGUCCAGGUGGAGACUAUUGGGCAGUUUGGAGUGCUGUUCACCCUUUUUGUGGUGGGGCUGGAGUUCUCACCAGAGCAGCUUCACAAGGUUUGGAGGAUAUCUGUGCAGGGCACGACCUGUCUGACGCUGCUGAUGGUCGGAGCUGGGGUGGUGUGGGGGCAGCUGCUCAGGCUUAAUGUCUCACAGACUGUGUUUGUGUCCAGCUGUCUGUCUUUGUCUAGCACCCCGCUGGUGUCUAAGUUCCUCUCCGGCGCAUCCCGUGCGGAGAAAGAGGGCAAUGAGAGGAGGAGAGUGAGAGAGAGAGAGAUGAACAGACACAGUGUGUGUCAAAGAAUGAUCAACUCACUGCCUCUUAUCUCUUAUGAGAAGAAAGGUGAGUUGGAGCCCAGCAGUGUGUUGCUAGGCAUGCUGGUGAUGCAGGAUGUCCAGUUGGGUCUGUUCAUCGCCAUCAUGCCGACCCUCAUUCAGGCAGGUGAAGGAGAGGCCGACAGCGCUGUAUCCGGAGUGGUCCACGUGCUGUGGCUGCUGGUGCAGGUGCUGGUCUUCCUGGCAGGAGUGCUCCUGCUGUGCUUUUUCUUGCGCUCAUUCGUGAUUGGCCCCUUCUACAGGAAGCUCCAUGCCGAAUGUCGGGGCAGCAAGGAGAUCAUGGUCCUGGGGACAACGGCCUUCAUGUUCCUUAUGCUAAUGGUGACAGAGUUCCUUUAUCUGUCUAUGGAGCUCGGCUGCUUCCUGGCGGGAGCACUCGUUUCCUCUCAGGGCCACAUGGUCACCUCGGAAGUGAUGCGCUGUGUGGAGCCAAUCAGAGACUUCUUGGCUAUAAUAUUUUUUGCUUCCAUUGGUCUCCAUGUAUUCCCUAGCUUUGUGCUGUAUGAGCUGACCAUACUGCUGGUGUUAACGCUGUCUCUGGUCAUCUUAAAGUUUCUCAUGGCGGUGGUUGUUCUGUCCACCCUGUUGCCGCGCGGCUCUCGCCACAUCUGCUGGCUGGUCUCAGCAGGCCUGGCGCAGGUCAGCGAGUUCUCUUUCGUGCUCGGCAGCCAAGCCCGCCGCACAGGAAUCAUUUCACGAGAGGUCUACCUGCUGGUGCUGAGCGUGACGACUCUGAGCCUCCUGUUGGCCCCAGCGCUUUGGUGGGCCGCCAGGCUUCGCUUCAUACCUCACAUGGACCGCAAGAUGGUCACCUGAACUUCUGCUCGAUCGGCCAGAGGUGGCCGAUGGAUGCAGUGGCAGUUGGGAUGAGAUGGGUCCAUCCAUCCUUGUUAAGACUGUAAGGAUUGGGAAUGCCGGACGGUGAAGAUUGGGAAUGCCAGAGAGUAGAGAUUGGGAAUGCCAUGAUCUGCAACUAAGGGUAGAACUGGAGAUGCUCAUCGCCCUUCAGGUACAGACAAGGUCACAGCCUGGAAGGCAUGAUGGCGCCUCAUUUUGCCUUAAUUUAAACAAAUGUUGCUCUGUCAAAGUCAAGAGGAGUAAAAUGGGUAAAAUACAUUAUUAUUAUUAUUAUUAUUAUUAUUAUUAUUAUUAUUAUUAUAUUUAAUUUGUUCAAUGCCGUUUUUCAUCAAUUGUUCACAGAAGUAUGUGAUUUAUUUUCAAAAAAGAUGUUUACGAUUAUUUUUCAAGACAUAAAUGGUUAAAUGUUUCGGAAAUAAAAGCCCCGGUCAUUAAAACCGUUAUUAAGUUGAAUGUUAGCGUAAUAUUAUUUAUAGCCAUGAAUACAGUUAUAGCUUUGCCAGUAUCCAUAGUCAUAAAUAUACAGCUGCUGCUGCGCUGUGAAGUUUGUGAACAUCCGAGAAAUUCCUCCAAAUGUGUGUAAAUAUGAAAUAAAGUGGGAAUCUAACUAAUCAGAUUAAAAAGGUCGGUGACAUAUAUUCAUAUAA